AUGGUGAAUAGUUUGUCACUUAGAAGCAUACUUGAUGCUAAAAAGUUGACAGGCCCAAAUUUCAUUGAUUGGUUUCUCAAUAACAAGAUUAUCCUAAAACAAGAGAAAAAGGCUUAUGUCCUUAAUGGUCUUGUUCUCGAGGAAACUAGUGAUGAUGCUAUAAGUGAGGAAAAUGAGGCCUAUAGAUUUUAUAUGGAUGAUUUCGAUCAAGCCACAUGUGUGAUGUUGGCCAGUAUAGCUUCAGAUCUUCAGAAGCAACAUAAAGCUAUGAAUGCCCUGUAUAUUAUCUUAAACCUUAGAGAAAUGUUUAGUAAGGAAAAUCGCACAAAAAGAUUCAACAUUUCAAGGGAAUUGUUUCGAUGCAAGAUGUCUGAGGCAAGCCCAAUAAGGCCUCAUAUGCUUAAGAUGAAAGGAUAUAUCACUUGA